UCUAACAGCACCGUCUUUUUUCAGAACCACCGUUUCGAAAAGAAUCGCUUUUAUUCUCCAUUCUCAAAAAAAGCCUAAACAAGUGAAAAAAAGCGCGGCGAGAAAAAGUUGAAAUUAACGUUACUGCAUAACAAUGGCAGAAAAACCCCAACCUGUUCGUGUAUUAUACUGUCAAGUUUGCAGUUUACCUCCUGAGUAUUGUGAAUUCGGAUCCGAUUUCGAAAAAUGUAAACCCUGGUUGAUCCAAAACGUUCCUGAUUUAUACCCUAAUCUUCUUAACGAGGCUAAUGUGAAGGAAUCUGAUAAAGUUGCUGAUAAGCUACAAGGGACUGGUAUUUCUGGUUCUAGUGAUGGUGCUGCUUCAUCAGGAAAACCAGAAGAGGUCAAGCGUCUUCCAGGUGGAAAGAUAAAGAAAAAGGACAAGCAAGAGGUUAUUAUUGAGAAGGUUGUACGUAACAAACGAAAAUCUAUCACCACUGUGAAAGGCUUGGAACUUUUUGGUGUAAAGCUCAGCGAUGCUUCAAAGAAACUCGGGAAAAAAUUUGCUACAGGAGCCUCUGUUGUCAAGGGCCCAACUGAGAAAGAGCAAAUUGAUGUUCAAGGGGAUAUAUCUUAUGACAUUGUGGAGUUCAUUACAGAUACAUGGCCUGACGUUCCAGAAAAAGCAAUUUUCUUUAUAGAAGAUGGGAAAAAGGUUCCAGCUGCUUGAUUUUGACUAUUUAUAAGAAGACUUUGGACUGGUGGCUAGAAUCAGCUAUUUUGCUGUAUUUUGAAAGGAAUGGCUGAUAAAUUUGGUAUUUAAUGUUUUAACACUACUUUUAGCCAUUAAAGCCCCUCUAUCCCUCUCCUCUGUCCCAACAAAACAUAUAUUAGGGCAUGGUCCAAUGUGUAUUUUCAGUUAAACUAUGUUCUCAGUUAAUUGUGUGCUUAUAGAGGCAAAAGGAUGAAAAAGGUUUAUUUGCUUCAA